GAACGUGUACAGAACCCAGGAUUAUAUCGACAAUAUGUGAUCCUUAAACAAAACAUGGAUGCUAAGAAUCCUGUGGGAACAAUUAAUGAAAAAAUUUUAUAUCAUGGUACCAGUGGUGAUAGUGUUGUUAAAAUUAACCAUGGAGGUUUUAACAGAAGUUUUUCUGGUAAAAAUGCCACUGUGUAUGGUGUUGGGAGCUAUUUUGCUCUAGAAUCCGCGUACUCUGCACAGGACAAAUACUCACCAGUAGAUCCCAACGGUCAAAAACACGUCUACCAGUGUAAAGUAUUAACCGGUGUAUUCCACUGUUGGUCAUCGAAAUCUUCUUGUACCACCUUCUAGGAAUCCAAAUGACCCAACCGAUUGUUAUGACAGUGUUGUAAAUGAUGUUAAAAAUCCUCAAAUUUUUGUUGUUUUUAAUGAUGCAAUGGCCUAUCCCGAGUACCAUAUAACUUUUAAUUAAUUAUUUGUCAACUUUUAAGAAGUGAUUAUGUUUAUUCAAAAUAUAUUUGUAUCUGAUUUUAGAUUGGAGAGGCACUUCAUAUACGGAAGUAAAGUAUUCUUUGAUAUGUUAUCGGGACAGCUGUUAGCGUGUAAGUGAUUGGUGGUAUAUUGAUCACUUGCUUGACUUUCAGUAUUUUUCAGUUUAUUCAAGGAUUCUGUGUUUUCGAGGGUCACAUGAAAGCCUUGCUAGA